UGGAAGGCGCCGGAAGUGGUCGUGUUUGGAGCUGUGCGAGAAGCUGAGCGAGCCCACUUGGUGGGAGCUGCGCGCGGCUUUCAGAAGCGCUUGUAACUCCUUUCCGAGAAACUGGCAAAGUUUCUAGGCAUCGGACAACAUGGAUUUCAGGGAAAUCUUGCUGCUAGCUUCCAAGGGACAAGGUGUCAACAAUGUACCGAAAAGGUACAGUUUGGCAGUGGGACCUCCCAAGAAAGAUCCUAAAGUUAAGGGUGUCAAGUCAGCAGCGGUCCAAGCUUUUCUCAGGAGAAAAGAAGAAGAACUCAGAAAAAAAGCUUUAGAGGAGCAACGGAGAAAAGAAGAACUGGUGAAAAAGCGAAUUGAAUUAAAACAUGACAAGAAAGCAAGAGCCAUGGCAAAGAGGACAAAGGAUAAUUUUCAUGGUUACAAUGGGAUUCCUGUUGAAGAGAAGUCAAAGAAGAAGCAUGCAAUGGAGAGCCACACUAGCCAUGGAACAGACCAAGAUUAUGAAAUGGAAGAUGAAGAUGAAUUUGUGGAAUACAAUCAGGCAGGGUCAGAGCACGAAUAUGAGGAGGAGCAAGAAGCUCCCAAAGUUGAAAGCAAACCAAAGGUUCCCCUUAGAAGUGCCCCACCAGUAAUGAACUUCACUGACUUACUCAGGUUGGCUGAGAAAAAGCAGUAUGAGCCAGUGGAGAUCAAGGUGGUGAAGAAGACGGAAGAGCGACCUCUGACUGCGGAAGAACUUAGGGAGCGAGAAUUUUUAGAACGAAAGCAUAGGAAAAGAGUAUCUGAAACAGAUACAAGACUACCUCUAACUAAAAAGACACCUUUUCAGAAAGAAAGUGUAGGCACAAAAGUUGGCAAAAGUUCUGGGGACAAGUAUCCUCCUUCUAAGGGUACUCCCCUACUUCCUCAUGCUGAGAGGAAAUCCAGACCCAGUAUAGCCAAUGAGAAACACUUGGGUUUGUCUUCAUCCAAACCCAAGCCAAGUGAGAGAACCAAAACAGGAUCUGCCAAUUGCUCCCAACCCUCACUGCGUGAGAGCAAUGACAGACCCAUUUUCAACGGUACUGGAAAACCACAUUCUAGCACUUACUCGAGUACCCCAAAGACUUCUGCUAAAGGUGUUCCAAAAUCUGUGACUGAGCAGAAAGCCAGUAAGUCUCCCCAUUCUAACCAGUCCAGGCCUGGGCCAGUGGGCGCUUCACCCAGUAAAGCUAAGAGUCCAGGUAUCAGGCAGCCAGGGAGCAGUUCUGACUCAGCUCCAGGACGACUGAACACAGCAGCCAGUUGGCCUACAGUUAACUCUAGCUCUGGACCUAAGCACCAAAGCAGCAGCUCUCGCUCAGGACCUGAGAAAACAGCCAGUGGGACCAAGAGGCCUUCUGGUGAUUUGAAUCCAUCUGGACGGACAGUCUGUGGUUCAAGUGGCCUUGAACGACCUGCAAGCAGCUCAAAUGGCCCUGUACGACCCAUCGGUGGCCUGGGAGGUUCUGGGAAGCCUGCAAGCAGCAUUGGUGGCCCUGGGAGGCCUGCGAGCAGCUCUGGUGGCCCUGGGAGGCCUGCGAGCAGCUCUCGUGGCCCAGGGAGGCCUGUGAGCAGCCCCCACAACAUUAGACGACCAGUGGGUAUCUCAGGUCCUCCUGGCCGACCUGUCAAUGGCACAGUUACAGCUGGACGGACUGUCAGUGUUUCAGGCCCUGGAAGACCAGUAAGCAGCUCUGGACCUGGGCGAGCACUUAGUAACUCAGGUCCACUCCUGAAGCCCAAGUGCACUGUUGUCUCAGAAACUAUUUCUUCUAAGAAUAUAAUUAGCCAGCCCAUCAAUGGACAGAUGAAUGGAAUGAGACCAUCUUUGACUGGCUAUAGAUCAGCCCCAGGUCCUCAAAGAUUUCCCUUCCCUAAUGGUCCCAGAAGGGAACAAGGUUUUGACGACGACGAUGAAGAAUAUGACUCUGAGAUGGAAGAUUUUAUUGAAGAAGAAGGAGAACCUCAGGAAGACAUAUCUAGGCACAUAAGAGAAAUCUUUGGCUAUGACCGAAAUAAAUACAAAGAUGAAAGUGACUAUGCCUUACGUUACAUGGAGAGUAGUUGGAGAGAGCAGCAGAAAGAAGAAGCAAAGAGUUUACGUCUAGGUAUGCAAGAGGACUUAGAGGAAAUGAGGCGUGAAGAAGAAGAACUGAAACGCAGGAAGGCCAAAAAGCUGAAGAAGCAUUAGUUGCUGCUUUUUACUUCUAUGAAAUUCUCGAAAUAGUCAGCUGCAAGGAAGUUCUGCCUUCAGUCUGAAGAAGCCCUAUUUUCUCAUUUUCAAGUUUGUCCUUACGUACUCAAGAAGGAAGAGUGCAUACUAUCAACAGACUAUUAUUGAACAUAAAGUACUAAAUAUUUUUCAGGGUGAAAUCUGUAUGUACAUGAUAUAAUGCCCAAUGAAUACUUUUAUGAAAUUAACUGCUCACAGCCUUGAUCCUGAAUGAGCUAUGCACAUUAGUGUGGGGCUACUCACCAUUCAUCUAAUGUUAUUUUUCCUUUGCGCCUUUAAAAAGGGAAGAAAGAAAAGGAUUGCCUCGCAUAAUUCUGUUAACGUGAUUAGGGCACUGCCCAGCUCCCAUGUUCACCUUUGAUGAGGAAUUUAUCCCUACCUGUGAAUGUUGGCCAGCAAUGAAGUGACCUGUGCUAAUUUGUUUGAAUUAAGAACUUGAAUGCAGAGCAGGCUCUAGGAUUACUGAGUGGAUGUCAUUUUUCUGACUGAAGUAAAAAAGAAUAAAUCAUAUUGUUUUUUCCAUUGCUUAUGGAUUGGAUGCUGAGCAUUCUUACUAAUUUAGGUGAUUAGGGCAUUAACAAAAAUUUUUCCAAAUUAAAAUGCAAGAUACUUUUAGUACAAAAGUGUUCUUCCCAAGGUUUUUGUUUUUGAGAUUUACUAUUAUUUUAGUGUGAAAUAAACACUAAAGUCACUAUAUUUUUAUUUUUUCAUUUUCAUAUUAAAAAUAAAUUUGGAAGAGUUUUAAAAAUAAUUGACAUGUGAGGCUCCACUUGCCCCCACUUCGAAUUAGAUAUUUUGGAAUUUAAGUCACCCCCAUACCUCUAGAUAUUGACUGCAUUUUUAUUCCGAAUUCCUUAGAAAUAAUAAAAAUCAAAAAUUAAAUCCAUGUGUAUCCAUGUGUAUCUCUUUUUGCCCAAGUUGCACUUUUAUUUCAAACUAUGCACUGUGAAGAGAGAUUCUUUCCCCAGGUAGAGAGGUUUCCUGUUUCUGAUGUUUUACUGGUCAUGGAACCUUCUUCAUUUUCACCUAGACAUAGGAGCUUAACUUUCAUGUCCAAACAAUUCCAAUCAGGUUGACCUUGGUUUUAGCCAGAGAGAGCAGCCAAGUCUCAAAGCAAGCAACAGAUCAUGAAACAUGUGACAAUGGUGGGAAGCAUUUGUCAUUGGUUCUAAAUGUGAUGGGUUGGUGACAGUGGGACAUGAGUUUAUAAAAAAGUAGGAUAAACAUAUUAAGCCAUUGGACGGAAUUAGGAAGUCAUAGUUGUCCUACAAAGAAUUUCUCUUAACUCUUCAUACCCAAAAGUUGUUUAUAUCUGUCCCCUUUUUAUCCAUCGAUUUUAUCCUUGAACUUUGAGCGUUACAGAUUACCGUCGUUAGCCUCCCUAAUGGGAUGACUACACAAGUCAGCUCUUUAAAAUUGACUUGUUUUGAGUUGAGUUCCAAACUUGGAAAGUGAAGAAUUUAAUAUUAAAAUUGAAUCCUAUAUGAAAGGUUCUACAUCAGUAGGAAUAAUAUCCUAAUGUUCCAUAUAGACUUUUUAACUAUUUAUACUCUAAUUACAAUCAAUUGCUUAUCAUAGCUAAAGAUUUCUGGUGGCUUAAAGUUUACUAGCACUUUACUCAUUGCAGUUAUUUGUACAAGAAAGGCACACCAUUGUGCUAGAUAAGAAUUUCAGAACUUGGUAGGAAGAGUCAGGUUGUGUCUUUUGUAUGUCUUGAAUAUAUUUCUUCAAUAAUCUCGACCUUGUUUCUAAAUCCUGUCUUCCAUUUCUUCUGCAAUUCCUGAUAGCUUUUAGAAAAAGCUUACACACCUUUUGAAGAAACUGGAAUAGGCUGUUAUUUUGUCAAGGUUUACAAAUUAAGUGCUUGCUUUUUAAUGUAUCCUGUCUUUUCAUAUUUUAUUAAUUCAGUGUUUGAAAAUGUGCCUUUUAUUGGGUAAAUUUUAAUUCGUGAAUGUACUAAUGUUAUUUCAUGAUUGUAAUAAUGUUACAUGGUCAUGGGUCAGCAUUCUCUACUAGAUGAUGUGAAAGCAAAGUAGUUUUUGUAAAACUCACAGCUCUGAUUGCAGUCCUGCUUGCUUUUUUUUUUUUUUUUUUUUUUUUUUUUUGCUACUUACUCUCAAGGCUGUUUUCAGAACUUGUCUUUGUAUUUUCUCUAAAUUAUAAAUGCAGUUAUGUCCAUAUGGAGGCCAGGGUACCAUAUGUCACAGGCAGCCUUAUAUGUGUGCUGAGAAGGUUCAGAGACUUAACAAAAAAAAAAAGGGUCUAUGGGAACACAGAUUUUUUUAAAUGUAAUCCCCAAGGUUUUUCUCUAAGAAAUAAUUACUGUUUUGUAUUUUGUAACUUAAAAGCAGCUAUUAUUAGUACAUUUCUGAGAUAUAGCAAGAGACCAAAACAUGUUUGGAAAGAGAAAUAUAUGAAGAGAGACUGGUUGUUUUAUUUUCAUUGUACAGAAUAUAUUAGACUACUAUUUAUUUUGUGACUGUACGUGAUGAAAUAUUCAGGUGUUUACUGUAUGAUUAAGAAUGGAAUAUAGAUUUCUUUGGAAUUAUUAAAUCUAUUAACGUCUUUUCCAUAAUGGACAAAUCAAGUUAAAAAAGAUGACAUUUACAUAGCUUGGCUUGUUUUCUGGUGCUGUUGACCUGCAAGAGAAUCUACUUUUGCAUAUACAAGUUUUGAAAUUUAUGUAUAAAAGAAAUUGUAGGCAUUAAAAAUAUUUUAUUGAUA